AUGGUCUUGAUACUUUCUCCAGCCUGUUGUCCGGCCCUUAAGAUCGGUCUGGUGGGACCUUGGUCCUUCGACUCCUUCUUCUCCAACGCCCUGCCUGAAGUUGCCACUCAACUAGCGGUGGAGAGGAUCAAGAAGGAUCCUUCCCUUGCCGCGGUCCCUCCCUUGGAUUACGUAUUGUUGGAAGAAGAUCUCCAGACUUGGAAAGCAAUGGCUCGCUUCGUUGAGUCCUCCAAGAACAGGUCGGCCUUCGUAGGACCGUUGAACCCUAGUUAUUGUGAGGCCGCCUCUUUGCUAGCCCAAGGUUGGAACCAACCCAUGUUAUCUUGGGCCUGUCUAAACGAUGACCUGGACAAACCAAGGAACCAACCGUGGUUGAUCAGAACUUUGCCAUCUGCGGCUACCAUCCUCCUCACCGUGUUGAGAUAUUUCAACUGGGCUCAUGUGGGCAUCGUCUCUUCUAAAGGGGGAUUUUGGGUGGACGUAGCCCACAAGCUGGCUAGCGUUCUCAGAAGCCGUGGGCUACCUGUGGCUCUUGUUACCUCCACCGGGACGGAAGCAGAAAAAGUAGAAGAGGCUUGGACCAAGGUAGAAGCUGCUGGAAACAUCAAAGCCCUUCUCCUCUGCAUGCCGUCUGCUCUCAUUGGAGGGGAGGACCAAGCGGCCUUUCUAAAGAAAGCUCAGGAACUGGGACUGGCUGAUGGCAGGUAUGUCUUCGUGCCCUACGACACUCUCUUCUACAGGCUCCCUUACGGAAACCAUUCCCACUUCCUUCUGGAAAACGAUGGCGCCUUCCGGAAGGCUUAUGACGCGGUGCUGACAAUUACCUUGCAAUCUGGAGAGUGGAAUUUCUACGAAGCUUUCCGAGCGGCCAAAGAAAAAGGCGAAAUAAAAGCAAAUUUGGAACCAGAACAGGUCACUCCACUUUUUGGGACAAUCUAUGAUGCCGUUUACCUGCUUGCAAAAGUCCUAGCCAAGAUAGCCCGGCCCCAAACUUCCGAACUCUUUGGAACAAACUUGAUUCAUCAUGUGAGAAAUUUGGACUUUGCUGGCUUCAGCCACCGGAUCCAAGUCGACAGCAAAGGACAGCCGCUGGCCAGAUACGUGAUUCUGGACACGGAUGGCAAAGAAAGUCACCUGUACCCCACUUACCUGCUGGCGGCAUCUUCGGGCAUGAUUCAGCCCCUGGGGAGGGCAAUCCACUUCCCUGGGGGGACAUCGCCCCCAGUUGAUUCGGCCUGCUGGUUUGAACCUGACGUCCUCUGCAAAAGAGAUGACGCGUAUCCAGGACUGCGGAUCGUGAUUCUACUCCUCUCGCCGCCUCUCUUUCUGCUCCUCUUCGGCCUGUACCUGACACGCCUCACCAGAAAGACUCACCGCAACCGCCGAUUCGUGAAAGGAUCGCGGAGGCUGUUCCUGACUUUAGAUGACCUAACUUUCGUGAACACCAAAAUCAGUAGAAUGAGGCUAACUCUGGACAACCUCAGCGAAUCAAAGAGCUGCUCCGAAGCCCACAGCCUGAGAUCCGUGACUCACUCGUUGUCGGUGAAAAGCACAACUCUGACCUACGAAACCUCUAAUGUGGCUGUGUAUCAGGGUGACUGGGUAUGGCUGAAAAAACUGGAGGCUGAAGUGAUCACCGAAUGGAAGCAACGGGCAACCUAUGUGCUGAUCAAGAUGAGGGAGUUACACCAUGAAAAUGUGAACCCAUUUCUAGGUCUUUUAUCCGACACGGGACUCUCCGCGGUUGUGAUGGACUUCUGUUCCAGGGGAAGCCUCCAGGACUUGCUACAAAACAUGGACAUAAAGCUGGACUGGAUGUUUAAAUCAUCCCUUUUGUUGGAUUUAAUUAAAGGCAUGAAAUACUUACACAACCUGGACAUUAGCCAUGGACGCCUGAAAUCUCGCAACUGUGUGGUGGAUGGACGGUUUGUGUUGAAAAUCACCGAUUACGGCUACGGUGAGCUAAUGGCAGCCCAAGGCAUCUCCCAGGAUCCGGCCUCUACCCUCGACUCCACUUGGGUCUUUCUUUCCUAAACAUCUAAACUGAGGGAGCCUGAGGUCAACCCCAAAGGCACUUUGCAAGGAGACGUGUUUAGUUUUGCCAUUAUUCUGCAAGAAGUGAUUCUCCGCGGGCCUCCCUAUUGCACGAUGGAACUGACAGCUGAAGAGAUUAUAAGCAAACUGAAGCACCCCAUGAUGUUGUUUCGUCCAAGUGUUGCCCUGGAAAAUACCCCUUUGGAAUAUAUCCAGCUGAUGAAGCAGUGCUGGAGUGAAGUGCCCAACCGAAGGCCGACGUUUGACAAGAUCUUUGAACGGUUCAAGGCCAUCAACAAAGGAAAACAGACGAACAUCGUGGACUCCAUGCUAAGGAUGUUAGAAAGUUAUUCCAGCAACCUGGAAGAAUUAAUCCGGGAGAGGACGGAAGAAUUGGAGGUGGAAAAACAGAAGACGGACAGACUGCUGUCGCAAAUGCUUCCUUCGCCAGUGGCCAAAACGUUGAUCAGGGGAGCAUCUGUGGAGCCAGAAUACUUUGAUGAGGUCACCAUCUACUUCAGCGACAUUAUCGGCUUCACCACCAUGUCCGCCCUCUGCGAGCCUAUUGAAAUUGUGGACCUUCUAAAUGACCUCUACACUCUCUUUGACGCUGUCAUCGGCCAUCAUGAUGUUUACAAGGUGGAGACCAUCGGUGAUGCUUAUAUGGUGGCAUCGGGGCUCCCACAACGCAAUGGCCACAGGCACGCUGCCGAGGUUGCCAACAUGUCUCUGGAUAUCCUCAGCUCAGUGGGAGCGUUCAAAGUGAAACAUAUCCCGGAUUUGCCCGUUAAGAUACGGAUGGGGCUGCAUUCAGGCCCCUGUGCUGCUGGAGUGGUAGGCCUCACCAUGCCCAGGUACUGCCUGUUUGGAGACACGGUGAAUACGGCGUCCCGAAUAGAGUCGACCGGAUUGCCCUACAGGAUUCACAUCAGCCAAAAUACCAUGAGGAUCCUUCACAAUCUCAAAGAAGGUUACAAAAUCAACUUCAGAGGGAAGACAGAACUGAAGGGCAAAGGUUUGCAAGACACCUACUGGUUAGUAGGCAAAAAGGGGUUCACGAAAACCCUCCCUCAACCUCCAGAAAUAAAAGCCGGCCAACCCUGGCAAGAAACAAUCACCCGAGAAAUUAAGGCUGCCAUGAAGGUCUCCAGGAGGAAGUUUAUGGACCAGCACAACUGA